AUGCGGCUGAGGGGAGCCUGGCUGGGCCCGAGAGAGGCCGCGGAGGAGGAGGAGACCACCGGUUGGCGCUGCCGCUUCCACCUUCCCCUGCCUGGAGGCGGCGGCGGCAGAAGGAGGAUGUGGCGGGCCCGGUCGGCGGCCGCCUGCAUUUUCUGUCGAAAUCGAGCAAAUGGGACCUAUGGAGCAAGAGCGAAGUCGCCACUGCAGAAACUGCAUCUUGUUUCCCGAAGUAUUCAUCAUUCCUGCAAUCCUGUUUCCAAAUUUCAAAGGCUGCCAUUACGGAUCUCAGUACAGCAGUUCUCCAUUCUUAAUCAUUUUCCCUUACGCAACAGCAAACUCCUCCUCAUAAAGUAUGGAUCCCAACCCCAGAGGACCUUUUGGCUAGCUAGAGUGGCUUCAAGGCUUCUAAAACUUCGCUAUAUUGUCUUAGGAUCUGCUGUGGGUGGUGGCUACACAGCCAAAAAGACAUAUAACCAAUGGAAAGACAUGUUGCCAGAUCUCAGCGAGUACAAGUGGAUUGUUCCUGACUUCGUAUGGGAAAUUGAUGAAUAUAUUGACUUCGAAAAAAUUUCAAAAGCUCUUCCUGAUUCAGAAGACUUUGCUAAGCUGCUUCCUGACUUUGACAAGAUUGGAGAGAGCUUCAGAUCGCUGUCGGGUUUCUUCACUCCUGGUUCUUCAGGGGAUACGGCAUUCAGAGCUACAGACCAGGGACGUGAGAAUGAGAAGCAAUAUAAGAAGGGUCUUCUUGGUGAGCUCAUUCUGUUGCAGCAGCAAAUCCAGCAGCACGAAGAGGAGGUACGCAGAGUCGCUGACCAAUACAGCACAGGUUCCUCCCAACAGAAGCGAAAGUCCAUGGGUGGGUGGGUAGCGCUGUCAUGGAGAGCGAGCUCCCAGGCACCCCCUACUACUGUGCAGGCCCGUGACCCCCCCACAUGCGCCACCUACCUCUUCUUUGACGUAACAGUUGGUUGUGCUGCAGGCACAAGCCUGCCAUCAACCAAGAUGGUGGCCGAGGUUCCAUAA